AUCACAACUAUGACUCUUUGGCCCCGCCCCUACGGACGCAUGCUUGGAAGACAUGCGCUUUGCGGCAAAGUCCUCCUUUUCUCCACACACGCUUCUAAGCCUCGGCACAUCUCCUCACAUCGCUACUAACUACACUUUAUUCAUCCUCCGUGUCAGGAUAAACUCCACUCGUCUCAGCCACAUUUGGAGAUUAUUAGGCCUGCUUAGCUUGAUAGUUGUUUGAGCGCGCCAAUUAGCUUAGCAUGCUAGUUAGCUUAGCUUGUUAGCCGCUAACAAAGAGACGCGGAUUUGAUCAACACAUCGCUUAGUUAAGAUCAAGUGUGAGUGUAAAGUGUUGUGAUUGUGUGAAAAUGUGCGAAAGAACGAUAGCAAAGUAUGAGGAGGAACUUUGUUGUGUGAAAAUGUGUGAAAGAAUGAUAGCAGAGUACAAAGAGGAACUUUCUCGUACAAAAGAAGAGAACGAGAGACUACGUCAACUAUUGGAGGCUGUUUUCAAGAAAGCUCAAGUUGUGUUACACAGAACAGACCUCAAUAAAGAACAUCUUCCUCAUGAGCAGGAAGAAGAGCCACAGCCCCACCACAUUAAAGAGGAAAAAGAGGUACCACAUUCCCAACACAUUAAAGAGGGAGGAGAGGAGCCACAGCCCCCCCACAAUAAAGCGAAACAUGAGAUGCCACGGACCCAUAAUGUUAAACUGACCCUUCACAUUAAAGGGCAAGCGGAGGACCCACUGAUCUUACACAUCAAAAAGGAAGAGGAGGAUCCACUGACCCCUCACUUUAAGGAGCAAGAGAACCUGCUGACCCCUCACAUUAAAAAGGACGAGGAGGACCCACUGACCCCCUGCUUUAAAGAGGAAGAGGAGGACCAAGAGCCGCCGCACAUUAGAGAGGAAGAGGAGGAAGAGGGCAUCAGUCAGCCUAAAUGGUUGGAGGAGUUCCCAGUGACUGGUGUCCCUGUGAAGAGUGAAGAUGAUGAGGUGAAAGGUGAAAGUGAGGAGAGGGGAGGGGGGGAGCCUCCAAGCAGCAGCUCAACACAACACAUGACAACAGAAGCUGAUGGAGACCACUGUGGAGGAUCACAAGCAGACAAGCUCUUAGCUCCACUAUCAGAUAGUGAGGACACAACGUCACACUCUCCUGACACUGAUGAUGAAGACUCUAAAGAUGAUAAGACAUGUCACACUGACAACACUCACUUCACAUCUUCUCACUCUCACAAAACUUUUAAAUACCAUUGUCGUCUGAAAGUACACAUGAAAACACACACUGGAGAAAAACCUUUUUCUUGUUCACUCUGUAGUAAAGGUUUUACACAACGUCAGAAUUUGAAGGUACACAUGAGAACACACACUGGUGAAAAACCUUUUUCCCGUUCAACAUGUGGUAAAAGUUUUACACGAAGUCAGAGUUUUAAAGAACACAUGAGUACACACACUGGUGAAAAACCUUUUUCCUGUUCAACCUGUGGUAAAGGUUUUGCACACAGUAACAAAUUGAAAAGACACAUGAAAAUACACACUGGUGAAAACCCUUUUUCCUGUUCAACCUGUGGUAAAGAUUUUACACAAAGUCAGAGUUUGAAAAGACACAUGAGAAUACACACUGGUGAAAAACCUUUUUCCUGUUCAACCUGUGGUAAAAGUUUUACAGUAAGUCAGAGUUUGAAAAGACACAUGAGAAUACACACUGGUGAAAAACAUUUUUCCUGUUCAACCUGUGGUAAAGGUUUUGCACACAGUAACCAAUUGAAAAGACACAUGAGAACACACACUGGUGAAAACCCUUUUUCCUGUUCAACCUGUGGUAAAGGUUUUACAGAAAGUCAGAGUUUGAAAGUACACAUGAGAACACACACUGGUGAAAAACCUUUUUCCUGUUCAACCUGUGGUAAAGGUUUUAGACACAGUCAGAGUUUGAAAGUACACAUGAGAACACACACUGGUGAAAAACCUUUCUCCUGUUCAAUCUGUGGUAAAUGCUUUGCACAAAGUCAACAUUUGAAAAGACACAACAGAUCACACAGUGGUGAAAAAUCACAUUCCUGUUCAAUCUGCAACAGAAGCUUUAGUGAGCGAUCGACCCUUGUAGCACACAUGAGAAGACACCCAGGAGAGAAAGUGUUGAGUUGCAGUGUGUGUGGUGAAAGAUUGUCUUCUAAGUACCAGUGUAAGAAACACAAGUGUGCUGGUGAGAACAGCAGCAGCAAAUGAAACUGCAGGAUUUGAAAUAAACUGUCCAGACUUUCAUUUUGACUUUCUAACAACAUCAGCACAUAUAACAUGUGUGACAUUGUUGUUUGUCUAACAAUCUGGUUAAUAUGCUUCUGCAUUUAUAGAUUUGAUAAUAUGAAAUAUUGAAGUGUGACAUAUUUGUAUUUGUAAUUGUUAAUAAUCCCAUAGAUUAUCACCUUUAUAUGAUAUACAUAUGUACUGGUUCACAUCUGAAACAACUUCUGGACCACUUCAGGAAGCAUAUUGUUAUUUACUUUAUACAUCAUUUAAACAGUUGUCUUUUAUACAAUUUUAAAAUGUGUGACUUUAUGAAUCAUUUGUUGGGUCUCUGUAAUCCAUGUUAUUAAUAAUCUUUAUUACUCUCUUUUGUAAUAAGAUGAUUGUGUUGUGAUUAUUUUAUAUGUAUGUCCCCAGACCUUUAUGCUAUAUAAAACGGAGAGAAAAUGGCUGAAUUGUCUGAGGAAAGAUUUUUUUUUUUUUCUACAAACUGACUCUCGUGGAGAAAACAAAAAUUCCCAUUAUUGGGUUUCGAACAUUUUUAAUAUAUGUAUUCUUUUUAAACAUCCCCAAAACUAUACCAGUAUCAAUCAAAGUUCAGAGUGUCAGUAAAAAGCCAAUAUUGUACAUCAUCCCACAGAUAUUUACUUUGCAUUCUGUUGGAGCCAAAUUUCUUUAUUUGUUUAUUUAGUUUUUAUUUAGUUUUCUGUAAUUGAUUGCUGGCCUCAGUUGAUGCUGAAUUUACUUUUCGGCAGAUUGCUCCGCCCACUUCCUCUUGAGAACCAGGAGAUGUUGACAGGGAUGGGACCGUUGCUAUGGUGCGGUUGCUAUGGUAACGUCAUUUAAUUGGGUUCAGGUGGGAACACUGGAGGGGCGACUGCAUGGAGGACACAAACUGUUUACAAGCUUGCUGUGUGUGGUCAGGUCUCACUGCUGUGACAAUGUUGCAUCCAAGUCAAGGUCAGCAUACUUUAUGUUCUACAGCCUACAUGUCAUUUCAGUUUGAUAGCCAAAAAUAAACUGAUUGUCAUAUCCAAACAUA